AUGUCGAUCAAGAGUGCAUGUUUCUUUAUAGUGGCUAUAUGCAUUGCAGCUUCCGUGAAUGCUCAACUACCUCAGCUACCAUUUCCAUUUCCAUUUCCGUUUCCAUUUCCAUUCCAACCGAGUCCUGGUAUGCCAGGAAUGCCCGACAUAACCAAAUGUUUGUCAACAUUGAUGAAUAUUCCAGGAUGCUUUGCGGAAAUCUCUCAGUCCAUAAUAACUGGCAAAUUUGGUAACAUAGGUCCUGCUUGUUGUAAAGCAUUUCUAGAAGCCGAAGCAAACUGCACACCGAAUCUUCCAUUCAAUCCGUUUUUCCCUCCUAUGCUAAAGCAACAAUGCUCCCGAAUUGCUGGCCCUCCAACUACAUUGUAG